CUUUCUGCAGAUUUACAAGCGUGAAAAAUGGCGUCAAGACGUGUGCUCACCGAUGAUAUGAAAAAUGUGGAGUUUGAGACCAGUGAAGAUGUCGAUAUCACUCCAACAUUCGACUCAAUGGGUAUGCGAGAAGAUCUUCUUCGUGGAAUAUAUGCAUACGGAUUUGAGAAACCUUCAGCAAUCCAACAGAGAGCCAUCAAACCUAUAUGCAAAGGCAGGGAUGUUAUAGCACAGGCCCAGUCUGGUACGGGUAAAACAGCCACAUUCUCAAUCUCCAUACUCCAGGCUUUAGACACCCAGGUGCGGGAAACACAAGCCCUUGUUCUCUCCCCCACACGAGAAUUGGCAGGACAGAUACAAAAGGUUGUCCUUGCUUUAGGCGACUAUAUGAGUGUACAGUGCCACUGUUGUAUAGGUGGCACCAACGUUGGUGAAGAUAUCCGCAAGCUGGACUAUGGCCAACAUGUGGUCUCUGGUACUCCUGGAAGAGUAUUUGAUAUGAUCAAGAGACGUAACUUAAGAACACGUUCCAUAAAGAUGUUGGUCCUAGACGAAGCCGAUGAGAUGUUAAAUAAAGGAUUCAAAGAGCAGAUAUAUGAUGUAUACAGGUACCUUCCCCCAGCCACCCAGGUUGUCCUCAUCUCUGCUACACUUCCCCAUGAGAUACUAGAAAUGACCAGCAAGUUUAUGACAGAUCCAAUCAGAAUUCUUGUCAAACGUGAUGAGUUGACACUGGAGGGAAUAAAACAGUUCUUUGUGGCAGUGGAGCGUGAAGAGUGGAAGUUUGACACAUUAUGUGACCUGUAUGACACACUCACUAUCACACAAGCUGUCAUUUUCUGCAAUACUAAACGGAAGGUUGAUUGGUUGACAGAAAAGAUGAGGGAAGCAAACUUCACUGUGUCCUCCAUGCAUGGCGACAUGCCACAGAAGGAGAGAGAAGCCAUAAUGAAGGAGUUCAGAUCAGGAGCAAGUCGUGUGUUGAUCACAACAGAUGUGUGGGCCAGAGGACUAGAUGUACAACAGGUGUCUCUGGUCAUUAACUAUGAUCUACCAAACAACAGAGAAUUGUACAUCCACAGAAUCGGUCGAUCGGGUCGGUUUGGACGUAAGGGUGUAGCAAUCAACUUUGUAAAGAAUGAUGACAUCAGGAUCUUGAGGGAUAUUGAACAGUACUACUCCACACAGAUAGAUGAAAUGCCUAUGAAUGUUGCUGACUUGAUAUAGAAAACUGUGGGACAGAACAAUAGAGGGAGAGGUGUAUAUUACAGUGACAUCAUAUUGUACAUAAUACCACACCAUAUAUGGACAUACACAUCUCAGAUCAUGACUUUAUAUGGACAUACAUGUACUUUAAACCAUCUGAUACUUGGAUUAUCCGUAAUAAACUUAUCUCAGAUCAUGGAAUCACUCACGUGGUGAAUAACUUGAAACAGUGUGACUUAAUAUAUGGACAUAGUUUAGAGGUUGUCUCCCUUGGAUGAGGCACCUAUGUUGGAUACAAGGGAUUUAUGUGAUAGAUGGUGAUAAAAUGAACCUAACUAGAUAGGAUUUGACUGGUGUCCAGACUAUUCCAAAUAUGUCAACUCAUUUCUCUUUCAAGAGGUUUAUUUUUGUCAACUCAUGUACUCUGUACUUGCAAUUGAUCUCAAUGUCACCCAGUACCCAACCAUUCAGAAUUUAUCAACAGUUCGAUCAAUUCAAUUUGUAGAUAUUUUAUGACUUGUAGAAUGUUGUACCAUAGAUAUGUCAUUUUAUUACUAUGUACAAACAUGGAUCAUUAUUUUAAAACGAAUAAAAAUACACAAACACAUGAAUUUGUAAA